AUGGCAGGAUCUCCAAAUGAUUGUUCAGCAACUCAAGUAUGGACCGGUGAGCCAGAUACGGUCACAUCUUCGGAAUUGCCCAGGGAGCAGGAGCAUGUUUCAUCCGCUGAAAAGCCACACCGGUCAUGGCUUAUGCGAGUGCUGCUUGGCAUCGGGGAGUUGGCGAUUGAUCAAUGGUUCCUGAUUGUCAUGGCCAUUCUCAUUGCGUUUGCCUCACAGGUGCAGGUGCCGCAUGCUAAGCAGAAGCUAAAACAGACCGUGGUUGAUUACCUGGCUGUAGCCGUGAUUUUCUUUAUCAACGGCUGCACCUUACCCACCAAGCUCCUGGUCGAGAACCUGAGUAAAUGGAAGAUGCAUAUCUUUGUCCAGAUACAAUGUUACCUUCUAACCUCAUCGAUAAGCUUCGGCGUCGUUAGUGCUACGGCUACUAGUCACUAUUUUAUGGACCCUAGUCUGUUGAUAGGGAUUAUCAUCCUAGGCUGUCUACCCACUGCCAUUGCAUUCAAUACAAUCAUGACGAGGAAGGCUAAUGGAAAUACUGCCUUAACCAUCGCACAAUCCACUAUCGGCAACAUUCUGGGUCCUUUUGUGACAACCGCGCUAAUCAAACUAUACACCAGCACCCAUGUGUGGUAUACAGACAUGCUACCCAAGACAGGGGGUAACUUUGGCGAAACCUAUCGAUAUGUCUUCAAGCAACUCGGACUUUCGGUCUUUGUUCCCCUGGUCGUUAGCCAAAUCGUGGUAAGCAUAUUCCCUAAUUUUACAACAAACGUCUUGGUCAAAUGGAAAGCGAGUAAGAUUGGCUCCUUCGCCUUGCUGGUGAUUAUCUGGGAUACCUAUGACGGAGCAUUCGCCUUCAAAGCGUUUGACGAUAUUCCCUCGGACAACAUGGUCUUCAUCGUAUUUAUUCUUGUUGCUCUUUUCUUUGUCUGGAUUACUAUUGCCUUUGUCAUUUCCCGCGUCUGGCUUUCUCGUGAGGACGCCAUCGCGGUAUCCUAUCUGGUUCCUACCAAAACCCCUGCUAUGGGUGUUCCGUUGACUACCAUUAUGUUUGUGGGUCUGUCUGCAGCGGCACAGUCGCGGAUGCGACUUCCGAUGGUCAUCUUCCAGGCCAUCCAGACCUCUGCAAGUAGUCUCUUGACCAUUCCGCUGAGGAAAUGGCAGGCGCAGGGGAAGGUUGAGCGAGACAGCGAUGGGCCCGAAUGUCCAUAAGAUGAUAUCUCGCUCUAUUACGACUUCUAAUUUGCUCUGGUGGGGAUGGGAAUGUCCCAGGAUAGUAUGACGUGCUCAGUCUAGAAUCUUAUAACAUUCUAUUA